AGGUUUAACACAGUCCCCUGCGUCGUGGCUUCGUCGCCAGAGACCGCAAGAGAGUUCCUCAAAACUCACGACUCUGUUUUCUCCGACCGUCCGGUACCCGCGGCCGUCGACUACCUCACCUACGGCUCGGCCGAUUUCUUCUUCGCCCCCUACGGGCCGUACUGGAAAUUCAUGAAGAAGCUCUGCGUGUCCGAGCUGCUCGGCGGGCGGAUCCUGGACCGGAUGCUCCCGCUGCGGCGGGACGAGAUCGGGCGCUCUCUGCAGCGGACGCGGAACAGAGCGGAGGCAGGGGAGCCGAUGGACGUCGGAGGGGAGCUGAUUCGGGUCGCGAACAACGUGAUCUCGGUGAUGGCCAUGGGGGAGAGGUGCUCUGGCGGGGCGGACGAGGCGGAUUGGGUCAGGAAGCUGGUUGCGGAGACGGCGGAGCUCACCGGGAAGUUCAAUCUCUCCGACUACGUUUGGUUCUGCAAGAGAUUGGACCUCCAAGGGUUUGGGAAGCGGCUCGAGGAUUUGAGGGAGAGGUUCGAUUCGAUGAUGGAGAGGAUCAUCGAGGAGCACGUGGAAGCGAGGAUGAAUAAGAAGAAGAAGACGACGGUGAAAGAUCUUCUUGAUGUGUUGCUCGAUAUAAAGGAGGACCAAGAUUCUGAGAUCAAACUCACUCGUGAAAACAUUAAGGCCUUCAUCUGGGAUAUAUUUGCGGCGGGGACGGAAUCGUCCGCCAUCACUACAGAAUGGGCGAUGGCGGAGCUGAUCAACCACCCAGAGAUACUGAAUAGAGCAAGGAAGGAGAUCGAUUCGGUGGUGGGGAAAUCUAGAUUGGUUCAGGAGUCGGAUAUUCCGAACCUUCCUUACCUCCAAGCGAUCGUGAAGGAGACAAUGAGGCUCCAUCCAGCCGCUCCACUAAUCAUGAGGGAGUCGAGCCGGGACUGUGAAAUUCAGGGCUACAAGAUUCCAGCCAGGACCAGACUGUUUGUGAAUGUCUGGGCCAUCGGCAGGGACCCAAACCACUGGGACGAGCCUCUCGAGUUCGAACCCGAGAGGUUCAUGGAUGGCAAGAUGGACGCAAGAGGACAACAUUUCGAGUUUUUGCCGUUCGGAAGUGGGAGAAGGGUGUGCCCUGGCACCACGCUGGCUCUGCAUAUGGUGCACGCUAACCUAGCCGCAAUGAUUCAGUGCUUUGAGUGGAAGGUUCAUGGAUCGACCAAGAGCGAUGGGAAUAUUGUUGAUAUGGAAGAAGGAGUUGGGCUUACCAUUCCAAGGGCUCAUCCUUUGAUCUGUGUUCCCGUGGCUAGGCUCCAUCCAUUUCCGACUAUUGAAAUGGGUGACUCAGUGACUGACCAAUAG